AAUGAUGCAUCCGGUUAUGACAUCUCCACUUGACCUCCGGCCGUCGGGAUUGCUCUCGAUGAGCGUCUCACCUACGCAUAACGCCUCCCUGAACGAAUCAUCGACCCACUCACAGCAGCAGCACUACCAUGCCCAUCAACAUCUUCAGAGCAUGGUGCAGUCGCACCAGAGCCAUCAUCACAACCAGCACCAGCAGGCACCGUCGGGACAGCGGUCCAGUGGUGCAAGCCGCAACCGGUCGCGCAGUACUUCUAGCUCCGACAAUGGAACACCGUCCAGUGGACAGAAGCCCCAACAGCAGCAGCAGCCCGAUUCGGACAAUGGCACCGAAGCGGGAGAAGGUGCAACGUCGGGUGGUGGUGGUGGCAAAUCCGGCAGCCAUCGAUCGCAAAGUCUAGUGAAGCCACCGUACUCCUACAUCGCCCUGAUCACGAUGGCUAUCUUACAGUCGCCCCAGAAGAAGCUGACGCUUAGUGGAAUAUGCGAGUUUAUUAUGACACGGUUUCCCUACUACAAAGAAAAGUUCCCCGCCUGGCAGAACUCCAUCCGGCACAAUCUCAGCCUGAACGAUUGCUUCAUCAAGAUCCCGCGCGAACCGGGCAACCCGGGCAAGGGCAACUUCUGGACGCUGGAUCCGCUGGCCGAGGACAUGUUCGACAAUGGCAGCUUUCUGCGACGUCGGAAGCGCUACAAACGCACCACCCUCGCCCAAAGCAUGGCUUUCCCGGGCGUGUUUGCGCCGUUCGCACCGUUCUGGAUACGCAAACCGGUGCCCGUGAUUCCGAUGCAUCAGUUCGGACCGGCGCACGCGGCGGCAGCGGCUGCUGCUGCUGCGUCCGCUUCAGUCGGAGGGUUUGGCGGUGAUGGUGGACCACUGGGAGCGGCACUGGGACCGGGCCGGGCGGGUGAUUUCCUGCUCGAUAGCAAACUGAACCUGUUCGGGACGGUCAAGAUCGAUGAUCUGAACGUGGCGAUGAUGGAGAACAGUGACUUUCUGCAGCGAAACGUGGAUAGUCUGAAGAUCUCGAGCGCAAUGAACAAGUUUUUCCACGGCUACCAUCAGGGACAGAGCGGGAGUAGCAGUGGCGGAGGUGCUGGUGGUGGUGGUGGUCCACUGAUCGAUCUGUACGAAGAUGGACCUCAUCCGGCCAGUCUCGGCGGGGUGGUGCAUCCGUGCAAUGGGGGACUGAUGCGCGAAGGUAUGUCGUACCCGUACGGAGGACACAAGCUUGCGGGUAUUAGUUCGUCUCGCAUAGGUGAUCCGACCGAUCCUCACGCCGAACGACGCGGUGACUACGGUGCAGAGGACGAACCGAUCUCGGCCGAUCUCGACCUAUCCAGCGACGAUCGGAUCGAUGUGGAAAGUGAGGACGACUACAAAUCGCCGGCAGAGCGUGGCGCUUCCGGUACGCUCACUUACCACGAGAUGCUUCUGAACGGGCGCAAAUCAACGCCAAUGGAUGCACCACCAAACUCUACUUCUCCUUCUUCUCCUCUGCCACCACCACCACCACCAGCACAACCUCCUGUGCCGGCAGCACAUCCUUCGCCCACGAUCGAACCGUCCGGUGAUUACUCCCCCCACUGUAGCCCUUCCCGGAUGGCGCGCGACUCGGACGAUUACUACAUCGAAGAAGACGAACAGUCCGAGAAGGGUAGCAGUAGUAGUAGCGGCAGCAGCAGCGUCGGUGGUUCUCUGGAAGAAUCACAACCACAGUCUGGCAAGGAGCGGCGGCAACAUCAUCAUCACACACACUUCUACACCGAGCUGCAACCGUCCGGGCUGGUGUCUGGGGCGGUGGAACAGCCACUUCACGGGAGAGUUGUUCCCUCGGCCAACGGAACGCAUCCUACGGACGCCGGCACUAGCCCCGGGUAUGGUGAGACGACGAAGCUGUUUGAUGGAACCGAGCCGUCGUUUGCUUCCCGCAAGCGAAAGUACGGCAACACGAAGGGCUUUAGCAUAGAGAACCUCAUCGGCUGCAGCGUGGAGGAUGGAUGAAUG